AGGAGGAGGAGGAGAAGGAGGAAGGGGGCUGCUGGCUGCCCAUACUUCUAACUUGCUGGGUUCCCUCUGAGCACAAACGCUCCCAUUCACCCAGGACAGGUGCUGUGUUUUGGGGCAGGGCACAAGCCAUGGCCUCAGUCAGUCUGGUGCAGCUGCUGGAUGAUGCCAUCGGGACACCUGAGGUAAACGUCAACUUAGAGGCCCUCCGCAAACUGCUGAAGCUCAUGCUGGAUCACCUGAGGCUGCUGGGCAUGCAAGAUGUGCUCCCCUCGGCUGUGGAGGAGACCCAGCCUGCCAGAUCACACCCUGGCCUGCAGAAGGAGGGCAGGACUGAGGCCAGAGCCCAGGACAUGGGGCAGCAGCCCCAGGAGCCAGGGGAGCAGCUGUCUAGGAAGGACCUGCUGCAGGGGACCAAGAGUGGCCCUCCAGUCACCUCCAUGGCCACCAACAUGGAGAAGACUGAAGCCAAAGAGAGUGGCAUCUCUGAUGCAGAGGCUCCUCCCAGCCCCCGGAGUGCUCCUCUUAAGAUACCCCCAUCCUCCUCUGAGGCCACAGCUCUAUCUCAGGAUCUCUAUGAGGAUAUGGCUGGGAUGAAGGCCACACAGUCCCGCAUGGGAGAGGAAAUCCAGAGGAUCAAGGAGGCACUUGGCCAGGCCACAGAUCUCUGCGAGGAUCUCCGCAAAGAGGUCGAUGAAAUGAAGGCCACACAGUCCCACAUGGAAGAAGACAUCCAGAUGAUCCAGAAAGCUCUUGGCCAGGUGAACUGCUGCCAGUGCAGGAGGGAGAGAGCUGGGUCCCCACACCCUCCCUGCCCCUCACCAUCUUGCCCUGCCAUCCCUGGCCUGUGGCCCUGGGUAUUGCCCAGCAUGAAGGGCAUCAGGAGGGAAGAGAGGAAAGGAUCCACCAGGAGCCCCCCAACUCUGCCUGCAGGUCAGGACAGUGGUAGAGGUCACUGCCUGCCUUAG